AUGGGGCCGCCACCACCCCGGCAACCGUUUCCCAAGGCCCGGUCGCAGCCUGUUUCAACAGCCUUCCGCUCCCAUUCCCUCUCCAAGUCCCCGCUGCCCCACUCGGCCUCGCUCCCUGCCUCACGCCCUUUCCCGCGCUCAACCAUUAGUCUGGGCAGCAGCGGGAGGGGCGGCAGCAGCAGCUUUGGCAGCGGCGGUGGCAUCAGCGGCAGGGGCAGCAGCAGCUUUGGCAGCGGUGGCAGGGGCGGCAGCAGGGGUGGUGGUGCGGCAUCUGCUGCGAUGGGCGGUGGCGGAGUGAGAAGUCGACUGUUGAAGAAGAUGGGAUUCAAAGUGCCUCUGGUGAGUCCCAAGUUCAUGCCCAAGGCCAUGCAACAACCCGCUCCCUCUCCCAGGCAGGCAGCAGCAGCAGCCGUAGCAGCAGCCGCAGGAGGAGGAAGAGCAGGAGGAGCAGGAGGAGCAGGAGCAGCAGCGGCAGGAGCCUUGGAAGGAGGAGCAGGAGCAGCAGUUGGGGCAGCAGCAGGGCUGGUACUGGGAGCAACAGGGACAAGCCCAGCUGCUGCUAUUGCUGCCGCUGCUGCUGCUGCUGCUGGUGCUGCUGGUAGUCCUGUAGUAAAGAGGUCUUUAUCUGCUGGGGCUAGAGGGCCUAGGAGACUAACUGCGUUUCUAGACUCUCCAGUGGGGGUUAGGAUGGGGCGGGAAGGGAGGAGGGAUAGUAGAGAGGGGUGGAGGGUAGGUCAGGGAGAGGCGAGGAUGGGAGAGGAGAUUGCGGUGGGGGAGGUGGGGGGUGAGGGAGGUGAGGGAGGUGUGGGGCUGGGUGGGAUGGGUGAGAGGAGUGGUGGGGUGGAUGGCCGGGGGGCGGCAUUUUUUGGUGCUAAUGGGCAUGGGUUGGCAGGUGAUGGUGGGUCCGAGAGGGAUGCGAGAGUCUAUGGGAUCUCUCAAAACUCAGAUAUGAGGAUGGGUGAUGGCGGCUGGAAUGGAAAGGGAGAGUUGGGGGGAGCUAGUGGGGGAGGAGAGGGGAGGAGUGAGAGAGAGGAUGGGGAGUUUGAGGAAGAUACAGGGGAGGAGGGAGGAGGAGGAGGAGGAGGAGGAGGAGGAGGAGGAGGAGGAGGAGGAGGAGGAGGAGGAGGAGGAGGAGGAGGAGGAGGAGGAGGAGGAGGAGGAGGAGGAGGAGGAGGAGGAGGAGGAGGAGGAGGAGGAGGAGCGAGAGGGCAAGAGGGAGGGGAUGCUUUAAAUGGAGGAGGGAAAGGACAAGGAGUGAAUGGAGGGUCCAUGGAAGGUGGAGAGGGGAAGGGAGAGGAAAAAUUAGUUUGUGGCAAUGGGACGGUUGUGAGGGAACAGGUUGAGGAGGGUGCAGAUGGGUUCAGUGAGCAGGGAGGACCGACAGGAGCAGACGGCAAGGUAGAGGCAGAAGCAAGGGAAGAGAGAGCAGCAGGGGUGGCGAAUUCAAGACACGUGGGUGAAGUGGGAAUUCAAGAAAAUCCUGAGAGGGUUGCUAGGGACAAGCCUAACGCUAGAGAGCCUAGCAGCAGGCCUGACUCAGAAAAGCACAUGAGUAUCAGCGGGUCUGAGAAGGACACGAGCCUUGACGUGACUCAUGUGCCGUGGGGAGCCAAUAGCAGCGAUCUCGUUGCCGAAGCUCUCAAGCGAGCUGCCGAAGCUGGAGUGCGGCUGGCAGCCCGAACUAGUCAAGCAGGUCCGGAUAGCACAAGACAGAAUGGCUCGGAAGCACAGGCUUUUUCAGCUGAAGGGGUAAAUCCUGUGGUGGGGAAAGCAGCACAUAAUCCUGGAGUACCGUAG